CUCCCUCCUGCGUGACUCUUGUUCAAUUUCGUGCCGUUCAUAAUUAUAUAGGUUUGCGGCUCCUAGCACUUCACGGGUAAUACGUCAAUGGCAGGCGCACCGAUGGAAUCGAACAGUGACACAGUGGCUCCCGAAGGAGAGAAUCCGCUGCCUUCUUGCGACGAAUGCCGGACCCGCAAACUAAAAUGCUCUCGCCAGAGCCCCUCGUGCUCAAACUGCAGACGGUUGGACGUGUCGUGCUUCUAUGACCCAGUUCGUACCAAGCCAGGAUUCAAGCGUGGCACAAUAGACAAACUGGUUAGGCGCAUAGAGGUUCUUGAGCACGCUGUUAGCCACCAACGAGAUGGUGGUUCUUCAUCACCCCGUCUCGCAGCUGCUUCUGCAACCCAUGAUCCUGUCGUUACAAAUACUGACCUUGAGGGCUUGGGAACAGCUAAUUUCUCAGCUCUUGCUAUGCAAAUUCAAAACCUGACUUCUAGCAUCUCCUUUUUGUCUCAGUCCAUCGUGCCCGGCUCGGGGUCGCCCGGGUCACAAUUAGAUGCAAGUAGAAACAAUGAUAAGCAUCGUUGCAAGCGCCAGAGGUCUGGCAGCGAAGAAACUCAGCAGCCUAGGCACAAAAAACCCUCAUGUGAGGCAUCUGAAGAGCUUGAAUUGUCAUCACAUUUUCUCACUGGAACACAUCUUGAGGAUCUGCUCGAUGCCUACUUCAUGAAUAUUCACCCAUGGAUCCCCAUGAUCCAUAUGACGACAUUUAGACGAAAAAUACAAGGGCUGGAUGAAGCCGCCGACCCGCCUCUAAUACUACAUGCUAUGUUAGCUGCGGCGUUGCGCCCCAUGAAUGCAGCAUCUGGCGACCGCAUUUCUGCUGGCCGCAUAGAGCGAGAGGUUGAACGAUCGAGGAAUAUAGUCAUUACGAGGGCAACCAACAGUCUUACAGUCGAGGACCUCCAAGCCUUGAUUAUUGUCGCGUUCAUGCAUAUCGGGAAUGGCGAGCCGCUAAGAGCAUGGCCUAUAGUCGCAUUACUCACCAGAACGGUGGAAUAUCUCCAGCUAAGCGUCGAGGAAGGAGAUGCGGACGUACCGGAGGCAUUCUUGAGGCCAAAGCCGUUACCUCCACCAUCUGAUUGGAUGGAGCAAGAGGAGCGUCGACGGGUAUUUUGGAAUAUCUUCAUACUAGAUCGAAUGUGCUUUGUCCUGACCGGAUGGAAUAUUGGACUCACUGCUGACAACGUCUCACGAAGACUUCCUAUCUGUGGAACACAUUGGAACCGAGACAAUCCCGCACUAUCACCAUACUUUGGGGUAUGGGACAAAUCGGCUGCCAAAAUUAGCAACUCAGUGGCGUUUCUGCCAGCCCACUAUGAAAGCCCAGGACAAUCCGCGGGCACAAGUGGUGCAGAUUUUGAAAUUACCCCUCCGGGCGCCCAGAAACUGCAAUCGCCAACAGCGCAUAUCGAUACGUCAGCUAUCGGUGCUUUUGCAUACUAUGUUGAAUCUCUGGAGUCUCUGUGUCGGAUCAACAUGUAUUUCCUAAAUCAGAAGAUUGAUUUCAGCAACCGCCAAGAAGUUUCCUCCUGGCUCACACGAUUUAAGGAACUCGAUCUUCGUCUAGUCCACUGGAGAACCAUUUUACCCGCUAAAUGGAAAGAUCCCGAAGUCCCCCCUCCGGAGGCGACAGCAGCAUUGGACCCGAAUAUGACCCUAGCCCAUAUAACGCAUAAUACGUCAAUGAUUCUCUUACAUCAGCGAAUAGGCUACCCCGAGCCGCAGCUGAAAGGCAUCAAGCUCCCAAAUUUCAACAGUGCUAAGACAUGCCAGUCGGCAGCAAUUGAAACAGCAAAUAUCGCCAUGAAGUAUCUUGCUCACGCGCCAGAAACCAUGCCACUUUCUCCACAAUUUUCUUUUUGCAGCUACGUUAGUGCUCGGGUGCUUCUUGUGCACUGUCAAUAUUACGGACUUGCAUUGGAUCCGAAAUUUUCGAUCCUAGUCAAGUGCCUUCAGGAGGCAUCACGGCGGUGGCUUUUCUCUCAAGAACGGAGCUCAACGCCGUCGCUUUCGGAUCAAUUAGCAGAUCAUCUCCAAUUUCUUCACAAGCGCUGUCUCGAUGAUCCUACUUUCUAUUUGAGAGUUGUCGGCUCUGUUGAAAGUGAUGUCUCCCGAGUGACUGAGGGUCAAUUAGGGGACGACAUGCAAAGGUCUCAGAAUCGAUGCGAAGCGAAUCAUCCCUCAGAACAAUUUCUGUCUGCUGUCGCGACUGCGGACUUUGCAACGGCACUACAACUAGGUCAACCAUCAACAUCCAUCUCUGUCGAAAUGCCUCUUGGUGCCCCAGGUAGAAAUAUAUUAAGCGAUGAAAACCCCGAGCAUUGGACGCCAUCAUCCGAUGUACCAGAGUUCAGAGGGUCGAAGAGUUCCACUGAACCACAGGACGAGCUGUCUAACAUAUUGCAAACCCUAACAGAUCAAAGUUAUGCGGUAAUGGAUCGCGUUAUUAGUUUGGACGAUUUCAACUUUGAUGCGGCAUCCUAUGACUUGGCACAAAUGCCAACCGUACCGGCGAGCAGUGACUGGGCUCCUGAGAUAUACGGAUAUGUAGCUAGAGAACAUCACUGGUAAGGACGACCGGCAUUUUGAAUAUCAUAAGAUAGUGCCUACAUCUGGCCAGCUGGCCGUACCAAUAGGCAAAGUCGCCACGCAUGCAUGUAGCCUCACUCGUGUAUUGCUAUAUGGCCCAGAGGGGGCAGCGGAUCAACAGCCGCUCCUCUUGGUCAAGGAGCUGGGAAAAGCCGUGCCAGGCAUAUGCCUCUCUCUACGCACUCUAGUCCUCAGUACCCCAGGCGGUGCUAACUUGCACUGAUAUAUAGUUGGUUACAACAGAGAUGUGGCAUGGGAUGUUGGCGAUGGUGUUGUUAAACAAGAUUGAGUGCACACAGCUUAACCAAGAAAAUGGUAUAAAGGGCCAGCCACUCGCCUUUAUAAUUCGAAGCCUCUGUUAGCAUCAUAUAUUUAUUUCAAGUUAUUUGCUACUAUGGAACGGCUAGUCCUUAGAACAGAUUUGCCAUGGGCAUAGGGGCGAAGUUAUUCUAGACAGAGUUAGGGUUAUAUCCUUUAUAGUAGACCUAUAGGAUAGAAUAUAGUAUUACCUCUAA